UUUUACAGGCUGGACCUCCGCUCACUCAGGAUCCAUUCACAAAUAAGACAUCGCGUAGGAAGCUCGCAUCGUCGCAUCUGAUUUUUCAUUCAGCGAACCGGAUGCGAGGGGCGAACAGGAACCAGACAUGAUCACCUCUGUCGGGAACUGUGAAUCGGGGGCACGGCUGAGAGAGCAGAAGUGACUUCCCAUGGCUGACCCCCUUGCCGAUGGUUUUGACUUAAUGUACGAGCCGUCAGGAGGCAGCUUGAUCCAGCUCAGAACGUUUUUAAGCCUCAAAAAAUGCUCGCCUUCUCGUAGAGUUUGGUGUUUUCUGUGCGCUUCCGCUUAACACAAGUCUUCCUGGCUUGAAUAGUCUGCUGCUUUCAUACUUCUUUCCAUUACAUUGUUAUAAGUAAAUGAACAUACACCAGAGGAGCCGAGGACCUGACAUACCGAUGGAGCAGUGAGUUAUGGCAGCCAAAGAGGACCUGUAUGCCAAAGUGACCCCGCGGAGGCAGCGCCAGAACCGGCUAGGCACCGUCAAACACGGGUCUGCUCUGGAUGUGCUGCUCUCCAUGGGCUUCCCAAGGACCAGGGCCCUGAAAGCUCUGGUUUCGACAGGAGGCAAAAACGUCCAGGCAGCGUGUGACUGGCUCUUCUCCCAUGUGGAUGACCCUUUCCUCGAUGACCCUCUACCCAGAGAGUAUGUGUUAUAUCUGCGACCCAGCGGACCUCUGCUCCAGCAGCUCUCGCACUUCUGGCAGCAGUCCCGCCUGUCCUGUGGCAAGAAUAAGGCACACAACAUCUUCCCUCACAUCACCCUCUGUCAGUUUUUCAUGUGUGCUGAUGAGAAGGUGGAGGCUCUGACCGACGCUCUCCAGAGCACCGUGACCAAGUGGAAGGGUCGCAUACCUGCGCCCCUGCCAUUGGAGCUCUACACCUCCUCAACCUUUAUUGGCCUCUUUGUGGAGGAGGAGGUGGCGGAGGUGCUGAAGAGUUUCGCCUCAGAUUUUGCCAGCGAAGCAGCAGCUAAAGCAGAUGUUCAUGUCGAGCCCCAUAAGAAACAGCUUCAUGUCACUUUGGCGUACCACUUCCAAACCAGUCACCUUCCGGUUUUGGAGAAGUUAGCCAGAAACAUAGAUGUGUCUUUGGGCUGUGACUGGCUGGCUGUGCUCUACUCCCGGGAUAUUCGGUUUGCAAAUCAUGAGACACUGCAAGUCAUGUACCCGUAUAUGCCUCGGAAUGACGAUGAGCUUGAGCUGGUGACAGGAGACUUUAUCUUCAUGUCUCCGGUGGAACAGAGCAGUGCCAGUGAGGGCUGGGUGUAUGGCACCUCGCUGGGCACGGGGCUGUCGCGCCUGCUGCCUGAGAACUACGUCAGCCAGGCUGAUGAGUCUGACACCUGGGUUGUCCAUGGGUCUCACUCCAUCCACAACUGUGCCUCUCCAUCUAACUCUGGCAGCACAGUGGGUGGGUUAUUAUUUGACGGACAGCUGAAUAACACUCUACUUGACACUCUCAUGGAUCCUUCCAGCCUCACUGGCCUCUGUCCUCCUAUGCAGGUGUCAAGGCCAACUGGUCAGUCCUCCCUGUCUAAGAUGAGACUUUUUGUGUGUCGCCAUGGGGAGAGGAUGGAUGUUGUGUUUGGGAAAAACUGGACCACUCAGUGUUUUGACUCCAAAGGCCGAUACGUUCGCUCUAACCUCAACAUGCCAUCCAGCCUGCCAGCUAGAAGUGGAGGUCACCGGGACUAUGAUAAAGAUUGUCCAAUUACUGUGUUUGGCUCCACCCAGGCUCGUCUUGUAGGCGAAGCCCUGUUGGAAAGUUUUGCAACAAUAGACUUCGUUUACUGCUCUCCUUCUCUUCGCUGCAUCCAGACUGCUCAGCACAUUCUGCAAGGUCUCCAGCAGGAUGGAAAGACAAAAAUCCGCGUGGAGCCUGGAUUGUUUGAGUGGACCAAGUGGGUUUCAGGCACGUGUUUGCCCACCUGGAUCCCCCCAGCUGAGCUUGCUGCUGCUAACCUGAGUGUAGACACAACAUACAGACCUCAUAUUCCCAUAAGUAAGCUGGCGGUGUCAGAGUCUUAUGACACCUACAUCAGCAGGAGCUUCCAGGUGACCCGAGAGAUCCUGGCUGAGUGCAACAACUUGGGAAACACGGUCCUGAUUGUGGCCCAUGCUUCCUCCCUGGAGGCCUGCACUCGCCAGAUACAAGGUCUCAGGCCCCAAAACUCCAAGGACUUUGUCCAAGUUGUCCGAAAGAUUCCUUACUUGGGUUUCUGUGCUUGUGAAGAACUGGGAGAGACCGGGGUGUGGCAGCUGGUUGACCCACCCAUCUUGCCUCUGACACAUGGACCUAAUCACAGCUUCAACUGGAGGGAAAUGCUAAUGCAAGACUGAAGGAUGUGCUGUUCGACUCUCUUAUCCUUUGUUGGCCCCAAACAGCUGAAAAAAUAUUUAUUUUUAAUCCACACACUGCUAUAAAUGUCUCCUGUAAAAGACAUCUCGCAAUAAAUAAAUAAAAAUUCAUUGACGCAAAUGUAUUCAGACACACUGCUCAGGAAUGCGAAUACACAGUCUGGGUGGAGAUCACAGCAAAACUGAGCUAUAGAUUGGGUGCCAGUUUGUCGCUUUUCCCUCAGCAUUCCACUUUCUAGUCUCAAAUGUGGAGGCACUAAGGAGAAAGCUGGGUACUUCUUGAUGAUGAAUGAGGUUUUAUGCCAUGUGAAAGUGUGUCAGUAAGCUCUGUCUACGGCUCCUCCUCAGACAGGGCAGUGAAGAAUGUGUUCUGCUGCCUUCUCACACACUGUGACAAGAGUUAGAUGAGAAAGACUCGUAUCACAGAAUUAUUUUUGUCAGAAAUUAUUUAACUUGUAGCUUUGACCCUCCUUAAAAAGCACAAAAGAAAUGUUGACAAUCAGACAGAGGAGAACUGAUCUUCAUUGUUUCUGGUGCUGAGGUGGGUGGUUUAUUAUACCUGUUUUAUUCCUGUAAAUGUCAUAUCAUAAAGCGAUUCUUCCAGGUCUUGUGCCCACAUGAAUCAUUUAAUCUUCCUGUAAGGCCAUGGUCCACAGUUAUUACAUGGAGGCAGUGCAAUUUUGAUUAUCACCGAAGGAACAACCAAGGAAACAUCCAUCCAUCCAUUAUCUAUACUGCUCAUCCUGAACAGGGUCAUGGGGGGGCUGGAGCCAAUCCCAGCUCACAUUGGGCGAGAGGAGGGGUCGACAGUCUGUCACAGGGCUGACCAAGUUAAUAUGAUGAAAGAGUGAAAUUAAUAGAAUGAAAUAUUGACUGUUGUUGAUUUUGUCUGGGACUUAAAUGUUUGCUUUUUUAUCAUGAGCCUCACACUCUGUAAGCCUGAUAGCCACAAUGCUUUUCACCUGGUGCAUUUAAUUUUUUAUUUUAUUUUUUUAAAUAUUUGUUUUGUUAAUGUCAAAUGAUUUAAGCCCUUAACUGCCUAUGCCAAUUAUUUGUUGUAUGAC